GAUUCAUGGAUUUUUGCUUGACAGGCACCAGAAUCUUCUGUUGGAAUAGUUGAUUCAUUUAUAUAUGGGGGAUUUGCAUGUAUCUACUGCAAGAUGCCAUUUGCCAAACGGAUCGUUGAGCCUCAGCUGCUGUGCAGACAUCCCAUCCCCAAUGAUGAAGGGUUGCGGUUCGAGGAUCUGCGCUCCAUCAGCAAUGUGGCUCUAUCCAGGACCCUGCGGCAGCUGUCCGACCUGGCCAAAAGCGCUUGCUCCUUAUUUCAGGAGCUUGAGAACGAAAUCGUCUGCACAAACCAACGGGUCUGGGCGCUGCAGAACAAAAUAGGCAAAAUCCAGCAAACCGCCAGUGCGCUGGAUCCGAAACUGGAGGCUGUGCCUGUAUCAAAUCUGGACAUUGAGAGUAAAUUGAUGUCGCACUAUCAGGCUCCAUGGCAUCAGCAGCACAAUCUGUUCCACUCGUGUACACGGCCACCAUGCCUGGAGGAGUUACACCGACAUGCCAAGCUCAACCUGCGGGCACUGCACAGAGACCAGCAGCAGCGUCAGCGUUCAACCAGCAGAGAGCGUGGCCGGGUCACCAUAUCAAUAUCUGUGGCUCCGCCCAUGCCAACCUACCCCUCAACUCACAAAUUCAGAAGGCGUGAGCAGAGGGGCCGACACUCACGUCUGGAGAGGAGCGUGAGAGAGAGUGAUGUGCAGACGAUUCAGAGGAAGCACCAGCGCUCGUGUUCCUCCUCCGCUAUUCAGUGUUGUUACUUCAUACCCGGGAUUAGAAAGGCGGGCACCAAUACGGAGACAGAUGGAGAAAUGCCAGUGCCGAGCCACAGGCCUAAAUGUCCAGUUCCCAACGUCCCUACCACCUUGGACAAACAGACCAACUGGUCCAAAGCCCUUCCACUUCCCUCACCACAAGAGAGAAUGAAGAAUGCCUCUCAAGUGAUUUCAUCAUGUAUCAUUCCCAUCAAUGUCUCUGGUAAAGAAACAGUGCAUCAGAUUCUGUCCACACUUAAAAGUGUUGGAUUUGACAGAGAGGCCAGUGCUCGCUGUUCACUUGUUCACUCGCAGUCAGUUCUACAGAGGCGUCGGAAACUCAGGAGGCGAAAAACGAUCACUGGCAUCCCCAAACGAGUUCAGCAAGACAUGGACUCCGAUGAAUCACCUGUGGCUAGAGAGAGAACAAUUAUCAUCCAUGCCAACCCACACAAGUCACUGUGGCAUGAGGAGCUCUCUCUGAGCGGCCGAGUAUUGCACACCAAGGACUCUGGAUGUCAGACAGAUGACUUCCUGAUUGCUGCUCCAUCCCGGAGGCGUAUUCGUGCCCAGAGAGGUCAAGGAAUUCCAGCCUCUCUUUCGCACUCCACAGGAAACAUCACCUCCCUGCCGGAUCGCUCUGAUGCGGUGUAUGCUGCAGCAUCAGUGAUGCGUGUCCGUUCUAGAAGCUUACCCCGUGAAGGUGGCCGGCUUCUAGAUGAGGACCAAGAUGACAGUGAUGAUGAUGAUGAUGACGAAGAUGAAGAUGAGGAGCUCUCUCCUUAUGAGGCUGAGGACUUCCUGCCAGGCCCAGGACAGAGAAUUCUAAAGGAUGAGGAGGAGAGUACCGACGACCAGGCCAUGCCAGAGCUCCAGUUUGGAAGUCUCAAGCAUAUGCAGCACUCCGGAAGCCCUGACCACGCAUGGAUCGAGAGAGGCAGAUCCAGGCUCCCACGCAAAGUUGACAUGGGUAGCUGUGAGAUUUCCUCCAGCUCAGAUACUUUCAGCAGCCCCAUCCACUCUGCCUCCACUACAGGAUUGCUAGGCACCCAGAUCGACCAUAAAGAGGACCACCAGUCCUCAAGUGGCAACUGGAGUGGAAGCAGCUCCACAUGCCCAUCGCAGACAUCCGAGACUAUCCCGCCUGCUGCCUCGCCUCCCCUGACUGGAUCCUCACACUGUGAUUCGGAACUUUCCCUCAAUACUGGCUCCCAUGUCAUUGAUGACACCACUGGAUUUAUAAUUGACCCCUACCACUUGGACAAGCCACAAGGACAGGGGCACAGGUCCAAUUCUUUUACCUCAUCAGCGACUGAUCAGAUGGAUGAUGCAGGAGUCAGCACUGCAAGUGAUGGUGAGUGGAAUUGCACCCAGGACACACAGGAUCAGCUCUGCCCCAAAGACUUCAGCCCAAAGCAUUCGAGAGAAGAUGAGAGUGGUGUCAGCUGCCCCAGUUAUUCCAGUGGGGAAACGUACGAGAGCUUCAGUGAACAACCAACCACGGGCAAAUCUGAGACACACUACAUAGUUGACGCUGAAGGAUUCUACUCCUCCAUGCACUUUGAUUGUGGUCUUAAGGGUAGCAGAAGCUACUACAACUAUGCAGCCAUUGACCCCGACUGUGGCCCAAGUGGGAAUAUAGUACCUGGCAUGGGUGAAUAUGCUCAGUCAGAAUACAGAUCCACCAGGACACUGGGGAGACCAUGUCUCUCUUUAAGAAAACCAAAGGCCAAGCCACCCCCACCAAAACGUAGCUCUUCGUUAAAGGAAACAAGCAGCGGUGUGAAUGUUCUAGAGCAGAACGAACCAAAGAUUACUAGCGAGCUACCACUGCCCUUGUCUUCCAGAGAGAUGAAAUUGCAGCUGGACUUGGCUGGUUCUGCAGGGCACCUUGAGACAGCAGGUCUCAAGUCACUUGGUGCAUGGGGAGUAAAGAACGUUAGAGAUAUACUCGACUGCUCCUCUCCGUUUAGUUCCUCAGACACACAUUCCUUCAAGGACGAAGGUGCUGUGCAGGCAGACUAUGCAGACCUCUGGCUCCACAAUGACUUGAAAUCGAAUGACCCUUACAGGUCUCUGUCUAACUCUAGUGUUGCUACGGGAACAACUAUUAUUGAAUGCAUCAAGUCGCCAGAAAGUGCAGAUGCCCAUCGAUCCAGGUCCAGAACUACUUCCCCAACUCUUCCUCCAUCUGAGGGUGACUUCAAGCUGAGUUCCCCUGAAAAGCUGGCAGGCUUGGCAUCCCCUUCCAGUGGAUAUUCCAGCCAAUCUGAGACACCUACAUCUUCCUUCCCCUCUGCAUUCUUCCCGGGACCGCUGUCUCCAAACAGUGGCAAGAGGAAACCCAAAGUCCCAGAAAGGAAAUCUUCACUUUGUUCCCUCCAACAGCCACAGUUUUCUGUCAGAGAUCCAGGCAGGAGAGAAACUGACUUCCAAGCCGUACCGCCCAGUCACCUCGACCUUAGUGCUCUUCACAGCAAGCACUUUCCUCAAAGGAAUCAGAUGCACAUCCUCCACCAGAACAAGCAGAAAGCUGCAAUAGCUGCAGCUGCUGCUGCAGAAGCUCGAAAUUCAGCUGCCACAUCUUCUACAGAAAGUGCAGCAAACGCAGAAUCCAGUUCAGCCCAUUUGACCAUCACUCCAACUGUUCUUAGGUCUGUUCAAUUGCGAUCUAUUUGUAGACAAGUUGAAGGAAACCAAGGGUGUGAUCUGGUCAGUGUUAAUCAAGCAACUCGUACCAAGUAUCCCAUGGUAAUUGAUCCCCUAUCCUCCGGCAACAGGCAUAAUAGGAAACCGCCAGCCUACAAACCCCCAGCGAUGCAGCUUUGUGAGUCGCAGGUUCCACUUGUAGACAACAUUGUUCUUCCACAGGAGGAGGUGAGAGUGAGACAGGAGAGGCUUGGUCCUGGUACAUACUGGGCGAUGACUGCCUUCAGAACACCUGCAGACCCUACUCCUGAAAAAGAUGACCCUUCAACCAUAUCGUCUCUAGGUUCUGAGAUGCACAGCUCUCAGCAAGAACAAGACAGCAGAAGGUAUCAAGAUGAGCAACUGGCAUUUUCACCAGAGAGACUUAAACAAGAACUUUGUCAACUAACACGGCCAGACCCUUCAGCAGAGCCCCUGUGUUUGGCCAGCACAAUGCCACCCCCAGCUUACAGUGAGAUUCCGAGGAGCAGUUUUGUACUGUGCAACAGUCCUGUCAAAGUGCCUGUUUCUACUCAAGAGGCAUCUCACACUUACACUAUCAGCGAUGUACAAGGCAGAGAGGAGGAUUAUGAGACAUCAGGUGUCGCAACCAGAAGUGCCUCACAGGACAUAAGGGAGGAAGGGUCAACCCCAGAAACAGAGGACUACUUCAGCAAGGAGUCAACUCCCAGUGACAAUUCAACAUCUCCUUUGACUGAUGACUCAAAACCUGAUGAUGAUGAUAGUGUUUUCCCAUCCCCCAACAAACUACGCACAACUGAAGAUCUGUUUGCUAUGAUACACAGGUCUAAACGGAAAGUGCUUGGACGUAAAGAUUCGGGAGAGCUGAGUGUAAAAAUUCGGCCUGGUGUAGUACCUGCAACAGCCCCUGUCAGUAAUCCUCCUUUUUGUCCAGUCACCCCUACUGCCUCAGUCCCUCCAAACAUCUCCCAACGAGCCUCAGGACCCAUCUACAGAUGUGCCAAAAAGUCCAGCACGUCCAGUGAGGAGUUCAAACUCCUGCUUCUGAAGAAGGGUAGUCGCUCAGAUUCGAGUUAUCGCAUGUCUGCUACAGAGAUCCUGAAGAGCCCCAUCACACCCAAGUCUCAAGGAGAGCUGCUAUUAGAGGCUGCAAGACAAUUAGAAGAGCCCCCCUCAACCUUACAAGAUUCUUCUUGCAGUGGGGAUCCCUUUCCAUCUCCAGUCCCUAAAGCCAACAGUGAGGGAUUCUCCCCAAAAACACUUACCAUGUCAGCUGCCUCCAGACAGGGAAGAUCCAGAAUUCCACCUGCGGCAAACAGCAGCCGCUAUAGCACGCGGAGUCGGCUCUACACAGCCCCAAUGCAGGCCAUAUCAGAAGGAGAGACUGAGAACUCAGAUGGAAGUCCACACGAUGACCGCUCCUCCUAGUUGCAUAACCAUUUUUUAAUCACUUAGCAAAAUGAUAAAUCUUUAAUAAUAUAAAAUCUUUUAGAAGUUCUAUUUGAACUGUAUGAAAGUGCUGUACAUCUGUUAUGAUCUACCUUAGUUUUCCAUCUAAAAUGUGUGUUGCACUGAAAAAAAACUUUCUUUUAACUACUUUUGUACUCUAGAGGUCAGUUGAAAUCUUGGAAAGAGAUUAAUUGCAUUAAUGAAUUGUGUGUGGAUUGUUGGCAUUUUGUCAUUUUUGAACAAUGAUUUUCAUCAUAAUCCCAAAAAGCUGAAAUCAAAUGUAUGACAGUCUUUUUUUUUUUUAGAAUAUUGUAAAGAGUUAACUUAUUGUUUAUUUAAUAUAAUAGAAAAAUCAAUUUCCAUCAACCUGUCACAAAAAGACUGUUUGAGUUGUAUUUUAUGAUCCAGAGCGGCGUUUUGUGGGUGCCCACAAAGUCAAUAUACAGUGUAGUUCAAAGGUAUACAUCAGUAGGAGUUAGGCUUUAGCCGGCGUCAAACGAGACGAUAUUUUCAGCGAUUUUUCAGGCACAACAUUUAUUUACAUAAUCACCGGCCAAUCAGUGAAAGAUGGAGCAUGGAUUAGCGUCUACCAGCGGGAGGUCGUUAAUCCCUUUACAGUCUAGACUCUCUGCUGAGGUAAUAGCUCUGAGAACUGAAAAAGCAGAACAAACUUGUUAGAAAAAAAAAUCAUUCUGUUGCUAGGCCAGGGUCUUGCGGUUUCGACAGAAGACUAAAUAGCUUUCUUUACUGAAGGACUGAUAAGAUGAUCUGAACAUUUUCAUCUGCGAUCGCACUUACAUCCGCACAUCAUCACAAACACAAUUGUAAUCCAUAGUGCUUCUGUCACCAAGCAUUUUUCUGGGGUUCUCCUACACUAAAAUGACUAAUAAAAUCAGAAAGUGGAGGAAGAACACUCUGUUUUUGUUGAACAUAAAUGCUUUACUCACUUAAAGCUGAAUACGGACAUGUGUAACAGGAGCCAGCUGGUACGUGAUAGCUGUGUGGUAUGUGUAAACCGCACUCCCCUGGCCUCAAGAGGCACACUAGCGACUGACACUAGAGGCUGUAGCCUUUAGCCUCCUCGUUAGCGCGCCCGCCAGUACAAAUUGUGCUCUGAACGGUUCGAGCAGGACCAGUUACACAUGCGCGUUCUACGGUGAACCUUGAGGGGAUAAAUACAUAAUUACACACAUUUACAAGGUAUGGCUACUCUAUGAAUCGCAUCCUAAAUCACUCUAUUAUAACUGUUUAUGUUCAUGCAGUACACCUGUUGUUAUUUCGGCAAGCUCCCCAUGAUUGGGAAGCGGAGAAAGAGUCAUCCCUCCACCCUUUUGAAUCCAAAUGAAGAGUGCGAGAUCUCAGCAAAACAGUCGGUUAGUGUAACACCCUCCGCCAAAGUCAAGUUGUUUGGAGUCGGCUAGUGUGACGCCAGCUUUACUGAGGACAAAUGCGCCAUGGCCUUUCUUAGAAUGGUGUCAAAGUGUACAAGGGAAAAGGUUUUUAGACAAUAUGAAGCCAGAGAUGUUAUGAACAUAAGUCUAGAAGUGGACUGGUUUGCAGAAACCUUAAAUUAUUUUUGCACUUAAUUAUAAUACCUUAAAUAUACAACCUGGCAUGGAAUACUGUUAUUGAUUCACCACUAGAAAUCAAGGCAAACAGUACGUAAUCCAUUUCUAGUGUUCAGAUUAGAUAAAUGGAGUGUCUGUUGUGUGUGCGUUUGUGUGUGUUUCACUCUUUGUGAGUUUUUUUUAAAGUUUUUUUUUAUCUUGGACUAGCCUACAGCAUUCCAACAAUUGUUAUAGGAACUAAUUAAACCCUUUUACCUGUGUUUAGUUUACCUUUUCUUCAAAGACCCAAAUUGGGUUGUAUAUUUCUGUCAUGUUUUUCACAGCCAGCAUCCAACAUGGAAGAAUAUUGUGCUUGAGAAGAAAUGAGAACUUCAGAGAAACUUCGAUCUCAAUGUAUUCUAUGAAUACCCUUAAAAUCAAACAUACUCUUCAACUGAAGAAGAAUGGAUUUUCUCUGAGUUUGAAACUCCUUGGAAUUAGCUAGAUUUGUCAAGUCUACACUGUGCCACUAAAGGGAAGGUGACAACCUGUGAAAAGAUCAUCCAUUUCUGAUGAACGCUUUUUCACUCUGGUCGUAAUUUAGUUGCUUCAUCCUGUGUACAGCAUGCAAUACAACACUAGAACAUGUCAGACAGACAUCUCCACCUAAAAAUGUAUUUCCACUUCCAGUUAAAUUUGUUAAGUAUGUUAUAUAGUUAAAGCUAUGUUCAGUAAAUGUACAAAAUGUAUAAGGUUUGUGCAAAUUAGCAGUUUUUACAUCAUUGUAUACACAGUUUGAGCUUUAUCCCUAAAGUGGAGGAACUGGACAAUCUGAUGAAAUGAGACACUGUUCGUGUAAAAGAGUUGAGCUUGAUAAAAACCGAUUGAGGCAGAAGAGAGCAUUAUGGGGCCAUUUAUAAAAUAAUUUUAUUUAAAUGAAGAUAGAAUUAUAGUUAGGUAUUAAAGGCGUAGUUUACCCCAAAAUGAAAAUUCUGUCAUCAUUUACUCACCCUCAUGUCAUUCUAAAUGACUUACUUUCUUCUGUGGAACACUAUAGGAGAUGUUAGGCAGACUGUUAGACUCAGUUACCAUUCGUUUUCAUUUUCACACUAUAGACAAAUUGACUGCAAACAAGCAGUGCUGGUAAAGUUGGUUGCUCAUCUAUAUAUACAUGGAUGUUUGAUUUAUACAUGUAUAAUAUUUCAGCCUUUUUUCUACACUGUUGUUUGUUUGUUUGUCAUGUACUGUUUAUCCAAGAGGCACGAGAAUUGAAUUUGUAUUAUUUCUUUUUACGAGGAGAGACAUUGUCAGAUAUUUUCUCAUAAAAUUUAGGGGCUGCAGUGCGUCAGGGUUACGUCUAUUCUUUCCUUAUUUCUCCUUUAAUAUAACCCUGUCUAAUGGUUGUCGCAAUUAACUUUGCUUUAUAACUAACGACUUUUGGACGUGCAAACUUUCUCUCCUUUUUUCCCUCUUGUGUCCAUGUACUGUCUUCUUUUAGAUUGCAACAACAUUUAAUAGAGAAAAAAUAAAUAUAUUUAAUUAUGGGAUAUUUUAUCCAGAGAAUUAUUUUGUUAAUAAAUUUGGAAAAGAAUAAUGAGCUUUAUUUAAGUAAAAUAAGAAGAAAAAAAAAUAUGUUUGAACAUAUUUCAUAUCAGGGUUGUAUAUCAGACAACAAUGAAGAUACUGAACUUAUAAACCUUUCUAAUUAGCUGUAAAGUUGCAUUCUUAACAAAUAAGCUACCAUGUUACGUGACUGUAGUUAAAUGUUGGUGCUUUGAAUUCUAUACCCAGGCCAUAUUCUGUUAUUGUUGCCAUUUAGAAAAUAUUACCAUUACACAACACUCGUGACAACUCAAAAAUUCAGAUAUGUAGCAAUGUACAGUAUAUGUCUUUCUGUUUUUACUUCAGCUUUCAUACACUACUGAGGCAUCACCUAGUGUUGCCCGUAGUGAAUCUGACCAGUCAGUUUAGACCUUCCGUUUAGUCUAAAUAUUCAUGAAGGGAAAUCACAAAGAGGGCCAUUUGUUAUACAGGUAUUUUACCUCAACUCAGCUUUGGAGUGUUUUAAACGUGUAAGGUACUUACUGAUCAUAUCAAUGAAGAAAGAAAUAUCAUUUGUGAAACAGGAAACAAAAAAGACACUCCGUUGAAAAGUUACUUUAUUUUUUCCUUUCUUUGUUGUAACUGAAGUGUCAUAAUUCAUCUUGGACUGAUUCUGUGUUUGAAUUUUUUUAUAUAGAUACAUUGUUGUUGUUGAAUUGCUCUGCAUUAAUGGAGAAGCACAGUCUGUUUUUGCCAAAGGGUUUCAGGUGUGUACUGGUGUGAUAUAAUUACAAAUUAUAAUUAAGUUGAUGAACAUAUAAUAAUAAAACAUUUUUAAAAAAAGAGUAAAAGUGAAAAAUGCAUCUCAUUCAGUUACAUUAAAUAGGAAAUAAAUCUUCAAAAAACCGCUUCAAGAGAUUUUAAUCCAUUUUGUAUUUUUGUAUAAACUUGUACAUAUGAUCUUUUUUAAAGUAAAAAAGAGAGAGAGUAAGAGAGAGAGAGAGAGAGAGAGAGAGAGAGAGGAACGACACAAAUGUUUCAUUUAGUAAAAUGGUUUAAAAGUUUACAUGAAUUCCAAGCCUUUGUAUAUUUUUGAGCUGUGCAACUCUCUCAGUCCUGUAUUUAUUUUUUUGUAAACAUUGUGGGAAUUCCAUUGUAAAUUUGAACCAUUUCUUGCCAGCUCAAGUGACUGCUUAGUAACUGUGCAUAGAGAAAGCCAAUA